GCCACAUUUGACAAAAACAGUAAUGGCGGCCGGUUGCUAAAAGUGGGCACAGCCGUCUCAACCAAACUCGAAAAAAAGCCAAAAUGUAACGAAAAUUUCGUAAAAUUGUAUUAUGAAGCGUUGUGCCAAACUAUUCGCUGUUGUAUUUUUGGUUUUUGUUAGUGUUGCUAGUGUGAUAAGACUGUGUUUUUGCUUUUGGUCUGGAUUAUUUGAAUCGGACAAUAAACCGGAUGGUAAAGUCGAUGAAUGGCUAGAACGGAACAAUUUGUCACCGUUCAAGGACUGUUUUGUUGACAAAGGCAUAUCCCAGCUGGCCCAAUGCGGCCAAUUGGGCGAUUUGCCAGAACUUCCCGCCUCCGACGAGCAACGUCUCCAAAAGGCAGCCGCCUUGUUACAGCAACGUCUCGUCCUCCGCCAAUGGCUAACAAAAUACAACCUCCAGCACUACUAUCCUCGACUCCUUAACCUCGAAGUGACAAGCUUGGAGGACGUCUAUUGGUUAGAAGACACCAAAGCUAAAUCCAUCUUGCAGAAAGACUUCCCCAAGUGGUCAACUGCAAGACAAUCCUUGCCGACACGUAAGCCGCACUUGGAAACACUCAAAGCCGAUCUUUGGUCCGAAGUUGUCAAGUCAAGCAGCCACCAAGACGCCUGGACAUGGGGCGGUAUGUUGGUCGUUUCUGUGUCAGUUGCCGGUUUGGUAACGUUAGCUGCAAUGACCCAGCCGUCAUUGGCCCCCGAAGCUAAACAUUCCCUUCUCCAGUAUGUAACCGGAAAAUAUCUACUACCAUCAAACUGUAAAGUGAUUUUCCAUUGGUCGGACCCUCACCCUGUAGGUCAUACGGUUUGUUUCACUGUCCAGUUUUAUCAGCGCAAUGGCCAGCCUUAUCCGAUCUGUGAUACAGACAAUUUUGUUGUUGAUGUUUGCGAAGGUUCACGUAAAAUGGUGGUUAUAACCGAACUUGGAUCACCGACCGAUCCAAACAGUGCUAACAUUGCCAAAGUUAAGUUUAUGGUACGACAUGCAGGCCAGUAUCGAAUCACAAUUAUGGUAAGCAAUCAGCAUGUGGCAGGAAGUCCUUUUAUGAGGACUUUCAUCGCUGGGCCGGCUUAUGCCCAAAGGACGGUUGUUGUGAGGCAUUGUAGUACGGUUGUGUGUACGGCAAAUGUUGCACAUUUGUUGUACAUUGAACCACGGGAUGAGUAUGGAAAUGUUUGUAGCUAUCCUUCAGACGAUGAUCCGACACAGGAUUACACAGUCCAUAUUACACAGUUAGGAACCUAUUCUAAAGAAUCAAACUUGGACAAUGACGACAAUAAUUUUACCACGGCUUUAGAUUACGACUGGCAAAGUCAACGAGUGAGUCUUCAAUUGAAAUUUCUCUACGAAGGUUGUUAUCACACCACAAUUAAAUAUAAAGGAAUCGAGUUACAUAAUGGCGAUUUUGACAUUAUUGUUUUAAACAGCAUCGAUUCAACUCUUGUCCACAAAAAUGUGGCUUCGAAAAACCACAAUAUUUGCUACGAAGCUAAAUUAAUUGGUGUCAAUAAUGAGCGACUGCAAAAAGCGAAAAAAGUCCUGUGUUACGUUUCGCCCAAACAGCUCAUCAUCAAGGAACUCAUCCUGAAAUUUAUCCCCAAACGCUUGUACACGUUCCGGUUGUGUCCUUCAACCAAAUUCAGUUUUCAAACUGAAGCCAAAACGAUGGACCACCCCACUGGUUAUUUCACAGUGGACGAUGGUUGCCAACCUAAAAUCGAAUUAAUUUCAAAAGAACGUAACGUCAUAGCGGCUACUUUUGCCCAAUUCCUUCUCAAAAACAUGGGCGGUUCCGAAACUUUUAAAGAUAAACAGGACUUCUUCUACCAUGAGGUACGCAAGUACCAUCAGAAACACUACCAUGAGAAGCUCUCGAUGAAAGUCAAUCGAGAGAAAUUGCUAGAAUCGAGCAUGAAAGCAACGAAGAAUUUUUCAGUGAGCGAGUGGUGCCGUAACUUCGAAAUCACAUUUCAAGGAGAACAAGGCAUCGACUGGGGCGGCUUGCGCCGCGAAUGGUUCGAGCUGAUUUGCUCGCAACUUUUCGACGCCAAAAACGCUCUAUUUACCAGUUUCCACGAGGGCCAACAAUCGCUCGUACACCCGAAUCCAAGCCGCCCUUCGCACCUAAAACUGCGCCACUACGAAUUCGCCGGAAAAGUGGUCGGCAAAUGUUUGUACGAGAGUGCUUUAGGCGGCUCCUACCGCCAAUUAGUUCGUGCCAGAUUCACCCGUUCCUUUCUGGCGCAAGUAAUCGGCCUUCGAGUUCACUACAAAUAUUUCGAGCAAGACGAUCCCGACCUAUACUUGUCCAAAAUCAAGUAUUUGCUCGAAAACGACAUCGAUCAGAUCGACACCGAACUGUAUUUCGUUGAGGAACAGUACGAUACCUCAGGCCAGUUGCUUAAAACUGUUGAACUGAUACCGAACGGUUCGAAAAUUCGCGUGAGAAACGCCACGAAAUUGCAGUAUUUGGACGCUUUGGCUCAGUAUCGUCUGGCCACGAGUAUCAAAGACGAGAUGGAGGCGUUUCUCAAAGGUUUAAACGAGCUUAUUCCUGACAAUCUUUUGAGCAUUUUCGACGAAAACGAACUGGAAGCCUUCCAGUUACUGCUCUGCGGGACGGGUCAGUAUAGUAUUGCCGAUUUUAAACAACAUCAUGUUAUUAAUGGAAAUUCGGCCGAAUUUCGACGAAUUGUAGGCUGGUUUUGGGCUGCUGUUGGGAAUUUUACACAAGAGGAAAUGGCAAGGCUACUGCAGUUCACUACAGGGUGUUCGCAGUUGCCGCCAGGUGGUUUUAAAGAAUUGACUCCGAAAUUUCAAAUUACUGCAGCCCCAACUUUUGGGAAUCUUCCAACAGCGCAUACUUGUUUUAAUCAGCUUUGUUUGCCGGAUUACGACUGUUAUGAGCAUUUUGAAAAAUCGCUUCUUCUGGCGAUAAGCGAAGGGACGGAAGGCUUCGGCAUGGUUUAAACACACAGUAUUGUUUUCCUGCACAGUUAAGUAUAAUAUUAUUUGUGAUAUUUAUUCACGGUACAAAAAUUCUUCUUAAUCAAAGUUUGAACGAGCAUAUAGUGUACAGAUUGUGAUAAAGUAAUGUAAAACAGUGUUCAUUAAAUUAUUAAUAACUUAGGAUAGGUUUAUUUAAGCAGCCGUAUUGCUUAUUCUAGCUGAUAGAGCUUUUAAUGAGAACGAGUUGUGCUAAAUAACGGACAAAUGUUUGAGUUUGUUUCAGAUCUCUGUGUACUUAAUUUGCAUUUAUGUAAUUAAUUUUUUAACAUUAAAAAUUUUAGCGAGCGAUUGUUAUAAUACUUGUGUUUUUUCUUGGGACCAGUGAGUUUCAAACUAAAGCUUACACAAAAUUAGAAAUCUUUAAUGAGACGACAAUAGCAUUUAAAACGCCUUUUAGACAUAGUUAUGUGCUGUUAGAAUUAAAUUUGACUAGAAUCGUAUACGAUGUAUUGAAGAAAUCGAGCAAAAUAUAAUAAAUUUGAAAAAUGCGUUACCCGAAA